CAAGCUAAAUAACAUAGAAUAUUUAUUAUUGCCGACACGCUUGCUUUAAUUUAUUGAUUAGCAAAUUUUAAUAGGCGAAGAGGGCGCGCGGAAGCGCAAGCAAACGGAAUAGCGCAACAAUUUCUUCGCACAAAGGCAAACAAACCUCGUGCGAGCAAACAAAACGCCGGCAAAGCAAUCAAACAAGAAUCAACAAACCCCAACAAUAAAUGAAUUUGUGCAGCAAGUGCAAAAGCAAAACGCGUCGGAGGGAGUGAGAGGCAAACACCUAAGCGCCAGAGGUCAUUUCAAUUGGCGUUUGAUUUACACGUUCGCGAAAUUCCACAAAAAUUCAAUAAGAAUCAUAUUUUCGCGCGAUCAAGUAGUGUCUUAGUGCUGACACUAAAGUGGAAAGUGUGCGUCGGAGUGUGCUAGUGUAAAGUGCAAGAACGUUUUACCACAGCUAAAUUAACAAAUAAAAGAUAUUAAAUAAAAAAUUAAAAAUUAUUGAUAUCAGUGUUUAGAGACAAUUUUGAAAUUGUCUACAAUUAAUUUUGAGCUUUUGCUCUUCUACAAACUAAUCGUUAUUUGUUAAUUAAACGACAGUGUAUUUAAAUCACUAAAUAUGGCAACACUGAAAGCUGCUUAUCACAUUACUUGUCUGCUUUUGGCCCUCUUGGUGCUGGAAGUGAAAUGCAGUGAAUCAGCAGGCGACCUCCUGCCGCAUCCCUGCUACAAUGUAAAAUGCCCGCCGAUGUCCGAAAUGUCCUGCCCGCCGGACAGCAGUGUACGCGAAAUGCUCAACAGCAUCGAAAUGCAACAGAUCACCGUAGCGCCCACCGAUACCGCCGAUGCCAUGAACUACAAUACCACCGAAAUCGAUGAAGACGUCUAUGCAGAAUGCUGUCUGACCAAAAAGUGCAUUUGCAAGACCUGCUACAUACCCGACUGUCAUGGCGAAGAUGAAGUGGUCGUCGAGCUAUUGCCCGAAUCUAUGAACAAACCCGGUCAAUGUUGCGGCGAGUAUGAGUGUCAGCGCAAACCGAAGUGCACAGCGGGCGAUGAUAGUGAGCUGUAUUGGCUGAAGGGCUGUCAGCGUUGCCACUGUUUUGCGGGCAAACCCAUGUGCAUACAGAUCUGCGAUGAGGCCGUGAAUAAGACCAAAGCCAUUUGCAAGCCAGAAAAAUUGAAUGCGCUCUUUGAACAUGGCGAAAGUUGGCGGGUCGGCUGCUAUGAAUGCGAAUGCAUCGAUGGCGUUGAAAAGUGCGUGCUGCCGUUCUGCAGCAAUGUCGAUUGUCCACGCGAACGUCAAGUAACGUUGAAAGAUGGUUGCUGUCCCAUUUGUUGGCCCGACUGUGCGCCCAUGCCAAAGGAAUUGCUGAGCGGUCGCAGCAGCCUACAUGGCAAAUACGGCAAUGGUUUGCGGCAUUACGACGAUGAGGACGAAGAAGGUGAUGACGGUCUGGCUGACGAUUUCGUUGAUGAUGCAAAUAGUGCACAGCGUAGCUUUGAUUAUGCUGGCGAAAAUGAGAAUGAUCCAUUGUCGAACAUACAGUUGGGCGAAGCAGAAGCAGUGAAGCUGCAGCAGAAUACAACCGCCGAAGCGCAAACCACUGCAAGUGCCGCCAGCUCGUCAACAACCGCAGCAACAGUGAAAACAACCGCCGGACCAGCAACCCAAACGAGCACGACCGCCGCUUCCGCUAUAUACUUGCCCAUAACGCCUACCACAGCAGCGCCUUCCGAGUCGCCAGCUGUGGCGCUUGCCAGUGAACCUGCCAUAGCCACCGCUUGCCCGCCUGUUCUAGCCUCACGUCACGACGGUCCGGCCUCCUUCCAACUAUACCGCGACGAGGACGACGUCAUGCCCGCAGUUAAAGUCGUCUCGGAAUCAUGCAAACAUUGGAUGAUUUAUAUUGUUAUCGGCAUUUUGGUCGCCUUCAUUGCGGUGCUUAUAGCUUGGAUCAUACAGUUGCGUCUGAAGCAGCGUUCCUACCGGCCGGUCUCGCACAUCGAUGACAAUUUCAAUAAGAUGUCCUGUAAUAUUAAGCAAACAAAUGCUUAUGUUUAAGAAGAAAGCGAGUUAUAUGUAAUGGAAAAUGAAAAAUUGCGAGUGUGAAAGCUUAAGACAGUUCAUAAUGAGCGUAGCACUGGAUACUUAUAUGUAUGUGUGUUGUUUUAGCGCCACGUCCUCGGUAGUGAAGUUUAGUGUAUGAAAAGAGUUUAUGCUAGCAAUGGAGAAAAUUAUGGCCGUCUUAAGCAAACAUUUAGAACAUUAGCAACGAUAUUAAAUAUUAAGAUUUCUUAGUUGAUAGAAUUAUAACUCAUUUUUAUGAUCACUUCACAUAAACUCGCUUUUUGAACUCGCUUUUGAACAUAAAAUCACAAAAAUUAACGGAGCAAAUUUUUGGAAAAUAUUUAUUGAAUAUUUUCAGUAAAGGUUGUGGAAUUAGAUAUCUGCCACACGAACCCGAAGGAAGCAAAAGAUCAGUAGGAGAUUUUAAAAAAUAAGUUCGGAGUAUUCUACGAAAUUAACACUCAGUCGAAUAUUACGAUCGGGUUCAUGGUUAGCUGAAAUUAAUUUCAUUUAGCAAGAAACCCAGCAUCUCUGAAUUGACGGCGGAAAGAUUGGUUAGACAUCUCAAAAAUAGUUUCGAAGUAUACUGAGGAGUUGACACUCCUUGGUGGAAUAUAAAACUGGGUUCAUGGAAACCUGAAACGUGUCACAUGUAGCGAUAAAACUUCAAACAUGACCUGACCGAGGAAACCACCGGUUGGACUUCUCAAAAAUAGUUUCAGAGUAUACUGCGAAGAUGACACAUCUUUCUCGAGUAUAAACUUGAGUAUAUGGAUAAAAGCUCUGCGUUAACCGUUAGCUAGGCUCAUAAUACUACCGGAAAACAUAAAAUGCUUUGCCAUUUGGUAAAAUUAUGUCCAUAAAAACUCAUAUAUAUCCUUUCUAAAAAAAACUUC